AUGUCCUCCAAGGCUGCUUCGACUGCCGCCGACGCCGCGGGCGCUGCAGAGAGCGCAGCCGCCGCUGCCACCUCCGCCUCCGCAAGCGCCAGUGAAACCGCCGCUGCUGCGACCUCGACCUCUGCUGCAGAGCCGACAACUACGGCGGCGGCUGCGACAACUUCAUCGACCUCGUCCACUUCUUCCACCUCUUCCACUACCACCGCAGCCCCGACCACCAGCACCACGGCGCCCACGACGAGCAGCUCAUCCACCGCUGACCCGACCACCUCAAUCCCCUCGACCACGAGCGAGGCACCCAGUACUACUUCGGUGCCUUCGACUACAACUGCGCCGUCCACCACAUCAAGUCCCGAGACGACGAUUCUCUCUUCAAUCUCCAGCAACAGCAAUGGUGGAACAACCGUGGUAUAUGUGACUUCGACGGCUUCAGUUGAACCCGGCACGAGUGCCUCCUCGACCGCAUCCUCGACCGGUAGCUCGGCUGCAGAUUCGAGUUCCACCGCCGCCGCAUCCUCUUCCGGUCUCUCCACCAAUGGCACCAUUGCCGUCGCAGUCGUUGUGCCGGUCGUCUCGGUCGCCCUGAUCAUCUUGGCCGCGCUCUUCUUCUGGCGCAAGCGCAAGGCGAACAAGGCCAAUGAGGAAGAACGCCGCAAGGAAGUCGAAGAAUACGGUUUCAACCCGAACAACGAUCCCACCCUUCCCGGAAUGGGAGGUGUCGUAGCCACCAAGGACGACACCUCCUCCGGUUAUCGUGGAUGGGGUACUACCUCCGCCGGCCGCAAGGCCUCCACCAACCUCUCCAGCGGAAUGGGUGGCCUCCCCAUGUCUCACGGUGCCACCCCCAGCGAGGGCACCGUGCAAUAUUCCGAUGGCGCUCGACCGGACUCCGGUGAAAUGGAGCCCAUCGGUGUAUUGGGUGCGGCCCCCGUGGCUGCUAACAACCGCACUGGUGACAUCCACCGUGGGCCUUCGAAUGCUUCGUCGGCUUACUCUGCCGCCAACCGCUCCGAAGCCUCGGAGGAAAGCCACAUGUCUGCUGCACACCCCUCUGGGGGCUACUACGGCGAGAAUCCCUACUACGGGGAUAUGAACAACCACGGCGCUUACGGUGGUGAAGACUACCAGCCCGUGAUUCGAGAUGUUCAGGCCCGCCGCAAUACUCGCAUUGAAAACCCCGGCGUUUACCCACGACAAGGAAACGCUGGUAUCGCCCAGAACUUCUGA